GGAAGCUGAAAACCAAAACAAACUGUAAAUUUUGCAGUUAUAAAGAAAAAUUAAUUAUAAUUAUAGAAAAAUAAACAAAAUUAAAAUGGAAAUCACACUGGCCAUUAUUAAACCUCAUGUAGUGCGUAAUACAGUAGCCUUCCGGGCUUUAAAAAGUUUAAUAAAAGAACAUUUUAAAAUACUGGACUCCAAAGAAGUGCACAUUACGAAACAACUGUCGGAAAAGUUUUAUGAAGAGCACAAGGGUAAAUUCUUUUAUAAUCGUUUAACAACCUUUAUGGGAAGUGGUCCCAGUUAUGCUUUAAUAUUACAAUCUCAAGGCAGCAUAUCUAAGUGGAGAGGUUUAAUGGGUCCCACUAAAGUCUAUAAGGCAGUGUAUUCAAAUCCUGACUGUAUAAGAGCCAUUUAUGGUCUUUCGGAUACCCGCAAUGCUUGCCAUGGUUCAGAUAGUGUGGAAUCUGCUUUAAGGGAAAUAUCAAUAUUAUUUCCAGAAUUCAAUAAAGAUGUCUUAACAUCAGAGAACAGCUGAUGGGUGUAAAAAAAACAUCUGGGUGUUAAUUUUUUUGCUUCAGCUGUGGGUGUUGUCUUUGUGGCGUUGAAAAAAUCGCUUAUUUUAUGCAAAGUAUGAAUAAGCAACGUAAAGAGUAUUUAUUUGCAAUCUAUAGAAAAAAGUAACGACUUUUUCAAAGUGUUUUAGUAAAAGAAAAUGAAUUUAAUCUUCUAUUUGGAAGUUGGAAACGUAAAUAUGUACUUCCAACAGUGGAGAUAUAGACUACAUUUCACAUUGAAACUAUAUAUGAAGAGAUUUAGAAAUGUAUCUGAAUAAUAUUCUGCGAAGCAAAAUAGCUAAUGUGGAUCAUGUUUUCGGUUAGGUUUAUCAGCUUUCGAAAAGAUAUUCCGAUCGUCAUUUCUCUGUGAGAAACAGAUUCAAGAUCUUCACAAGAACAUAUUAAAAAAUAUAAUCGGGAGAUGUGGUGGAACAGCUUCUCCAGCAUUCUUUACUUUUUAUUUAAUAAAUUGUUGAAUAAAUUUAUAGCACUCGACAUUAAUUUCUGCAUGGAUCAGAAAAUUAUCUCAAAUUUUAUGAGAUUGAAAGAAAAACAGAAGAUUUGUAUGUUUGUUUGAUAUGUAAUGUAUUUUUGGAAAAAUAUAUCUAACUAUCAAUCUAUCUACCU